AUGGGGCAUGAGAUGAAGCUGGUAGAGGACCGGACAGAACAUGCAGUGGAGAGCCACUUGCCUAAUGGCUCCCAGUUGGUGUGCGGGAAAAUUCAGAACCCGAGCAUACUGCUGAUUGAAACUGUUAACGGUGUGGGCGUAUGGGAGCUGGGGAGAGUGCUCCACCCUAUGAAUUCUUUGUUGCAGGUCCUGAUGCAGCGAUACAGGGCAGCUGCUGCAAAUGUCAUCAAAAUGACCCCUGGAAUCACAAGGUUUGCUCUGACCAGAGUCAGUGACAUCAAAACAUGUUUUGAGCUAUUUAUGCUAUUGUCACUAAAAAGAAUCAUCAUUCCUAUGACGAACCUUGAAGGAAAAAAAGUCCAUGGCGACAUGUGGAAAGACAUUGAUGAGGAAUACCUGGAUGCUUUCAUUGGUGUUCUUCUUCUUGCUGGAGUGUACAAAUCCUGCAAUGAGGCCACUGAUAGUCUAUGGGACGCAUCAACAGGCAGAAAUAUUUUCCGGGCAACAAUGUCACUUCAGACAUUUCAAACGAUAUCAAGAGUCCUCAGAUUUGACAACAGAGAGACCAGAGUGAGAUCUGACAAGCUUGGUCCCAUCAGGGAUGUCUGGGAGAGAUGGGUGCAGCUCCUUCCGCUGAUGUUCAACCCAGGGCCAGAGGUGACAGUGGAUGAACAUCUUGUCCCUUUUCGAGGAAAAUGCCCCUUCCAGCAAUACAUACCCAGUAAACCAGGGAAAUACGGCAUAAAAAUCCGGGCAGCCUGUGACGCAAGAACCAGCUAUGCCUGGAAUCUACAGAUUUACACAGGCAAAGCUGCGAGUGGCAUCCCUGAGAAAAAUCAAGGAAAACGUGUGGUCCUUGAUAUGACCACUGGACUGCAGGGUCACAAUAUCACUUGUGACAAUUUUUUUACCAGCUAUGACCUCGGACAAGAAAUUCUCAAGAGGAAACUUACCAUGGUGGGAACAGUGAAGAAAAAUAAACCUGAGUUGCCUGCUGAAAUCUUGCAGGUGAAGGGCAGGGCUCCACUUUCCUCAAAGUUUGCUUUUACAGACACCAGCACUGUUGUCUCAUAUUGUCCAAAAAGAAACCGGAAUGUGAUACUCAUGUCUACUCUUCACAAAGACGCAGCUGUAUCAUCAGGAAGUGACAAAAAGCCGACAAUUAUCCACGACUAUAACAAAAACAAAGGAGGAGUGGACAAUCUGGACAAGCUGACAGCCACAUACACAUGCCAGCGAAUGACCAGAAGAUGGCCAAUGGUUGUGUUUUACAACAUCCUUGAUGUGUCUGCAUAUAAUGCAUUUGUGUUGUGGAGCCACAUCCACCAAGGGUGGAACUCAACCAAAAAAAAUAAGCGGAGACUGUUUCUUGAGGAGUUGGGAAAUUUCCUUGUCAAGCCACACAUUAGGCGAAGGGAACGGGUGCCCUGA